CUGCGGUUAGCACAAUCGGUGAACUUGCUGUCCUUAAAAAAAAACAGGUUAUCAUCGUUUCAUUUCUCCGUUCUGAUUGUCAUUGCAUUUGCGUAUUUUUCUAUUAAUUUUUUAUUAUUAUUCUAAUUAUUUUUCCGCUCGUCGUCCAGCUUUUACUGAUUUACAGUAAACAUUUUUUUUAUUUUUUUUGUUUCCGAUAUUUUCCAAUAGACUUGUACGAAGAAAUAAUUUUGUUAUUUACCUAUUAGUUUAUUUGUUGGAAUUAUUGUAGCCGUGGUGUUCAAAUUCAGAUUAAUUUUUUAACUAUUUCAAAUCAUAACUAUUAUUGUUUGACAUUUCUUUCCUGAUAAGGUAUAAAUCAAAAUUAUUCCAAUUGAAUUUGAUUUUUGAUACAAAUCUUAUAAGGAAAGUUUUUAUUUUAUUUUUUAUUUCUAGUGCUAAAGCGAUUUAAUAAAAUAUGGCUGAAGGAGAUGCCGGAACAGAUAGUGAAACAAGACCAAAAGGAAUAGAAGCACUGAAACAACAUGUUGUCACACAUAAAGUAGAAGUAUCUCUUUGGUGUACAAGAUUGGCUGCAAUCGUGUUUACUUUUGCUUACAUCAUACCACUCUUCUGGUGAGAAAAUAAUAGUUAAUUAUUAAAAUUAAUGUCUAAUCAUUUCAAAUUCAUACAAAUAUAAUGUAGGUCAGAAAACAUUGAGUUAACAAUUUUCUAUUUAUUUAUCGUAACUGCUCUGCUUGUUAAUAAAUUAUAAAUAAACAGUUAAUUCUCUAUGAAAUAUUAGUUGGGUACUAUAAAAGUUGAUAAUGAUAAUAGAUAAUCCAAAUCCCUUAAAUAUCGUCUUAGUGUAGGUUCUUCAACAAAUUGAAUAAAAUCAGUAAAUUCCAUAAAUUUUUUCAUCUAAUUAUAAAUAUACAAUAAAAAAAAUGCCAUGUACAACAAUUUGAUUAAAAAUAAGAACUCAAAUUAUAACUACCAUAUGAGAUAACAUCAAAAUGACCAUCUACGGAAUGUCUAGAUGAUGAAUAUUGACCACUCAGCUUUACAGAAUACUCUAUUUAUCAAUAAUUUCAUAAUUAUGGCUAUGCAAUGCAAAUUUACGGGAAUUCUCUUAUGUGUCACCUAAAAUCACUUAGGUGUUACUUAAAAUGACUAUGCAAUAUCUUCUCAAGUUUCACUGAAGUUGCUUAUUAGGUAAAUAAAAUACAAAACCGAUUCAUGUUCUCAACACAUUUUUAUAUUAAACUUAAACUUUAAACUUGUAGCCUGUAUUUCAGUAACAAUGUAUUAAUAUUAGUAUUUAAUAGCAAUCAUUUAAUUACAUUUGCACCCAUGCACCCAUUGGGAGGGGGGGGCAAAAAAGGGAUAUGUCACCUUCUUAGAAAAUAUUAAAGGAUUUUGAUAACAUAAAUUGUUAUAACGUAUUAUAUAAUAUAGUAUAUAUACACUAUAUUAUACAAUAAUACUACUAUUUACCUUUAUAUAAAAUAUUUUCAGUUUUUAAGAACUAAAAGUAUAAUAAAAUGUCUUGAAUUUUACAAUGAGUUUUUCAUUUUAUAUUUUAUGUCUUAUUAAUUUAACUUGAUUUAUAUUUAUAAAGAUUUUUAAUCAAUAGUUUAAUAGUAAUAGUUAAUCAAUACUUUUUUUGAAAAUUAGAAAAAAAAGCAAAAUAAAAAAAUUUGUACUUGGCAAAUAUUGGCUAUUAUACAGUUCAUUCAAAUUAUUAUUAUUAUUAUUAUUUUUAAAUAAUAUAAAAUAUAUUUGGGUUCACUUACUUAAAUAUUUAUUAAAUAGUUCCAUGUUAUCAAACAAGUUUCCUGCUCUAAUAUAAGUGUCAAUUGAAAUAUCAUUUUACAAUAUUCAUUCAUUUAACCAAUAUAAUAUCAAGUAUUGUAUGUUCUUAUUUUUAGUUUCUUCCAUUAAAACCAUACCACUAAAUACAACUCUGUUAUUUUUAUCUGUCCUCUCACACAGUCUUUCUGCCAAAACCUUGGCCUUUCUGAAGGCGUUUUUCCUAUAAUAUAGAUACAAAAAUUAUUUUAUUGAUUAUCUAUAAAUGACCACCAUAAAGAAUUGGUAUUUAUUUUAGUUUUACUAUGAUAUUUUUUUCCUGUUUGUAAACAGCUUAUCUACUAAAAAUCUUGCUCAGAUUUUUAAGUGUAGCAUCUUUUCUAAAAUUAAAUUGUAUCUAAUUGGUGUAUUAGAAUUUGUUUAAAAAUUUUAUUUAAUUGAUGUGUUAGAAGGUCGUUUUUUUUUUUCAAUAUAGUUUUUUUGUUAUUGUGACUUGCUCGAAAAUAAUUGUAAACACUUGAAAUACUCACAGAAUACUUAUAUCGGCCUUUUUUAUACCUAGUAAAAUGUUUAAAAUAUUCAGGCAAUUGGUUUUUAUUAGAAUAAAAUUGUUUUGACCAGGAAAAAAUGCUUAAAAAAAAGUUCAAAUUUUGACACAAUAUUAAUAAUCGGGGCAUUUAAAAACAUGUUUAACUGAACUUUGUUGAAUAUUUUGUUAGCAAUGAUUUAUCGUUGUAAGAUAUAAUUUAUUAAAUUACUAUGUAUCCUACCUUCCCACUUCCCACCUACAAGAGUGGCAUACCCAUAAAUAGCAUCGGUUCUUUUUUUUUAUUAUAUACAUAAACCAUCUUCUAUACUUGGCCCAUUGUUACUAAAUAAUAUAUAAGUUUCAUUGCACUAUUUUAUCUUACAUAUAUUGAAUAAAAUAUUCAUAAACCUAUAGUUUUUAUGAAUAUUAGUAAAAUAAUAUUUUUUAAAUUUGAUUUAACCUUGUAUUUGUAUUGUGGUGUUAAAAUUUUCUUGAAUAAAAAAUGAUUAUCUUUUAUUCGUUAAAGUUUUAAUGAUUUAUGUAUGUUACUUAAUUAUACACUUAAUUAAAUUCAAUUGAGUUUAAAUUAAACUAUUUCAAUAAACCAAAAAUUCUAAAAAAAAUUUUAGCUAUAAAAAUAAGAAUUAAUAUUAUUUGAUGUUAAUUAGGUAUAUUUUAUAUUCUCUAGUCUUACUGAGCAUAACAUAACAUUAUACAAGGCCAUAAAGCAUACAUAUUAUUCAUAUUUGACCUCAGUUUUAAUUACUCAUUCUACUUAAAAUAAGUAUGUAUCGUUAUUAUUUUGCCCAUGUAUAAAAAUAAUACUCGAUUUAUUGUAAUAUUUCCGUUUGAGAAAUUUUUGCUAUAUAUAUAUAUAUAUAUAUAUUAUAAUUGUUCUUAAAUAUUACAUUAAUAUUCGUUAUUCGCAAUUACUUUAUAAUUUUUUAAUUUCAAACAAUAUAAUAUAAUUUAUAGGUGUAAAGCUCUAAUUUUCAAAAGUACCAAUUUGUUACUUAACUAAAAUUUUAAUACUUAUAUAGUAAUAUCUAAUAAUUUUGUAUCAAUAUUAAAAAGAUGAAUAUAAAUUUCAUACAAUAUUCAUUAGCUUAAAAUAUUUUAUUUAUACAUUUAAAUAAACGUGUGUUAGAUAUUUAGAAUUAUUUUAUAAUUUUAACAGUAGUUGGUUUUAGUACUAUAAAUCAGUUACUUAAAGCUAGAAAAUUAUUUGAUGGAAACAUAUUUUAUUCAUUUAUUACACAGAUUUUAAUUAAUUUCUUUGCCUUAAAUAGUGUAAACAGGUGUUUAACAAUCUAUUGUAUUGUUCUCGUAUGACUUACUAACUGACUUACUAAAUGACUAUUUAUAACCCAAGUUAACAUAAUUUUAAAUUGAAUUGUUCAGUAAUUUAUAAAUUAUUUCUUUUUUUAAAUUUUUUUUCUCGCUUAUUUAUAAUAAAACAUUUAGUAACAUACAACAAAACUAGAAUAAAAUAGUAUAUAAAUAAUAAAUAAACAACACAUUAAUACAUAGUCUAAUAAUGUAUAUUGGCUAUUUAUUUUCUAUUACCCAGUAUUGUAUAGCAUCACCUGCUUUUUGAAUGCACGCCAUCUGAGCCUUUUGCAUAUAUAAAAUUGGGCUAUGUGACAUAGUUUGCUCUUGUCUGCAUAUACAAAUUAUAUUUUUGUUUGCCUUAUACUUCAAUAGCUUGCAAGAAGCUAUAAUUGGUCAUUGCAUCUUAUAUUGUCACUAUAUCUAUGUAUUAUAUUAUUAAGACGUGAGGCGAUUUCUUUACAUAGCUAUAUCUGAAGAUUCACCAAAUUGAUUUGCAUGAUUAUUUUUUUUUAUAUCAACACAAGUUUUUGGUGUAUUGAUGGGCCACUUGAGAAAAGUUUCAAUAAUGUAUUAAUUAAAGUGUUAUUAGAAUUAUCAGUUUUCCCUUUGCAUACACACAUGCUCAUAAUCCCCCACUACUGGCUAUGAAGAUUAAGAAUACUGUCUACUUAUUAUUUUAUGGAUUACCUUGGGAACACAAAUGAAAAAAAAAUUGUAAUUUAAAAUAAAUUAUUUCCAGGAAUCCAGCAAGUGCGUAUUAUAGAAUUUUAUUGGCAAAUGCAGCUACAAGUGCAUUGCGUCUUCACCAACGUUUACCAACUAUGCAAAUUUCUGUACAGUUUUUGACACAGUUAUUCAAAGAAGAUAGCUGUCACUAUUUAUUGUACUCUGUGAUAUUUUUAUAUGUAUCACCUAGUAUCUGUAUCCUUUAAAAUACAUUCAACAAACUUUUUUUUAAUUUAAUUAUUUUGAUUUAAAUGACAAUAUAUUUUCCUUGACUAAUAUUUAUUUCAGUUAUAAUUUUGCCAGUAUUUUUGUUUUCAUUAAUACACUUUGCAAGCUACUCACUGACAUUACUUGACGUAAGUAUAUUACUACAUGAAUAAAUUAUUAAUUUUUUAUAACAUGAGAUAUUUCUCAAAAAGCCCUACAAUAUUUUACUUAUAAUUGUAUUCAUUUUUCAGCUUCUUGGACAAAACACCUGGUGGGGUGCUCGACUAUUGAUAUCUUUGGUUGAGUUUCAAUCACGAACCAUUUUGCGCAUCAUCGCCUUCUCUGAAAUCUUAGUUAUGCCACUCACAGUGGCUUUCUCAUUCUUUGGCAAAUCAGGGUUACUGACUAUUGUAUUCUACUAUCAUUUUCUCACCUUACGAUAUGGAUCCCAGCGUAAUCCACACACAAGACUCAUGUUUUCCGAUCUUCGUAUAGCAGCUGAACAUUUUGCAAACAAACCAGGGGUACCGUCAUAUUUGCGAUCAGCUAUUUUAUCAGUUAUUGCUACCAUUAGUCGUAUGGCUCCCAUCAUGCCACAUAGUCAAUAACUAGUGAAUUAUUCAAUUUGAAUUAUCAUACUUGAUUGGUUGAUGGAAUUUGUUAAAUACUUAUUCCAUUAGACUUAGACAUAGAUUAUGUUUGGGAUAAUUAAAAAAUAUUGCUUGGAUUUUUAUAUUUACAUUUUUAAAUAUUGUUGGUUCCGGUUCUUCUAUAAAAAAAAAAAAAAUAAACACAAUUAACAUUAAUUUAUAAUGUUUCAAUGAAAUUCCAAAUAUUUAUAUUUAAAAAUUGGCAUUUAUAAGUUUAUAAUUGUGGUCUAAAGUACAAGUAUUAUAUUAAAAAUUAAAGCAUAAAAUCUUUUAAUUAUUAUUUUAAUGUUUAAUAAUAUGUAUAACUUCAAAUAAAUAAAACUUAAAAAUUAAACAAUAAUUUUUUAUGUUUUUAAAUAUUUACUUUAUUUUAAAUUACUUAAAAAUAAAGAGUAUAUAAUUUUUAACUAUAAAUUAAAAACUAACUACCUACAUUAAAAUUAUUAGUGUGCUUCUUAAUUUUUAAGUUUACUGUGAUUCUGGAAGAAAUUGUAUUAUUAUAUAUUUUUUUUUUUAUUAUUAUUAUUAUGAAAUUAUAGUAUUAUUUAAAAAAAAAGUACUCGUGCAUGUCAAAAGUAACCAUGUGCAAAACCAGAUUUAAAUUACUUAGUUCACUUUUAUAUAAUGUGUGACAUAAAUAGUUUAGGAAUCACUGAACACACAAUUCUUGAUAAAAACUAAAAUUUAAUUUAAUUUCAAAUUAAAAAAAUAACAAUGUUUAAAUCGCUUAAACAGUUUUUACAUGAUGUCAACGAACUGAGAUCUUCUUAAUCUGUACAUUACAAUUUUCGUAUAGAACCACAGUUAAGAAUUAUGGACACAAAUAUAACAUUAUCCCUUAUUUAUUAAACCAAUUUUUAAGUUAAAAAUACUUUAGUUUUGUGCACUUAUAUUUUAUAUAAUAUAUAUAUAUACUUGUUAACGGCCUUAAAUUUCUAUAUAUUAAAUAAAAUUUUAAUUCAACUGAAUAAUAGUUUAUUCUGUCACAAAAAAUAUUUUCUAUGAUGUUGCCAAAUAUAAAUUAAAUACUUAUGUAUUAAAAUCUAAUUUUUCUAUAUUAAGUUUUAAUGUACGUACCUUAGUUAUUUAUCCAGUUAGGUACCUGAAUAUAGUUUGAAUUAGAUGCAAUUUAAUAUUUAAGAUAACUAUUUAAUAACAUUAUUUUUAACACUUAAAUAUUUAUAUUAUACUUUAUAAUUUUAUUUGCAAGCAGUAAUAAAUAUAUAAAGUUGUUGUUUGUAUUCUAUGUAAAUACAAAUUGUAGCCUGAAUAAAAUUAAGGUUUUGGUUAAUAUUGAAUUUGUUUUUAUAUUGAUGGCUACCUAUUCACUAUUAAUAUAUUUGGGUUUAAAAUUUCCCAUCAAAUCCUAAGAUUUAUGAGAUUUUUUUAUGAAAAAUAACUAGAAGCUGUUUAAAAGAAUGUGAUGGU